AUGCUUCCUCUCCUCGACAGCGGUGACAUUUACUGUUUCGCGAAGGCGGCGCCGCUGAGAGCGGUUGUGGAUCACUGGUGCUGCUGGAAGCAGUUAGUGUUGGCGGGCUUUGCCAUCGUGAGCGCACAACGCAGCCCACUCGGCUGGGCCAUGGGCAGCUCGCAACGACUAGCCGCUGUUGCGGCCGUAUCGCACGCUAAGCAUUAUUACAAUCACACGCAGCCGAAUGUCAUUCAAACCGAAUCGACUCACUAUAACAUCAACAUAUUCUUUGUAAGUGCGACGCUAUGCGGUGUGUUGGUAGCCGUGUGCGCGGCGUGCUGCCGCCGCCCCGCGUCCUCCGACAAGCCGGAGGAGAUUUCCGAGUGCCGCGGCGUAUAUACUGUUAGCGCUGAUUCUAGACUUACUCCGGGCCAUCAAGAGGAGUUGGCGGGUCCUCCACCGGCUUAUGACAUAGUUGUGGCGGAUUCUUCACAAAAAGACUCCAUUACAUUACAGGAGGUAAUGACAGACGGGUGCCGCUGUCACAAGGCGAGGGGGGAUAGCGGCUUGCCGUCGUAUGAAGCGGCCGUUCUACUGAAAGAUACUAAGUUAUAAUAAGUCGCUGC